UGAGUGAUCCACGUGAUGUUUUCAGCUACCUACCCUUCAAUAUUCACUCUUCUCUUCUCAUAUAAAACCAUCUCACCCCAUGCAUCUUUCAACCACAACUCUCUUUCAACCCUUUCCUUUUCUACUGUUACUUCUGUAAACCGACUGAGUUCUUCUGCUACCAAAAACAUCAAGAUGGUUAGUGUGUCUGAAAUUCGCAAGGCACAGAGGGCAGAAGGACCUGCAACUAUCUUGGCGAUUGGCACUGCUAAUCCGGCUAACUGUGUUGAACAAAGCACAUAUCCUGAUUUUUACUUUAAGAUCACUAACAGUGAGCACAAAACUGUUCUCAAAGAGAAAUUCCAACGCAUGUGUGAUAAAUCUAUGAUUAAGAGAAGAUACAUGUAUCUAACUGAAGAGAUUUUGAAAGAAAAUCCUAGUCUUUGUGAAUAUAUGGCACCUUCAUUGGAUGCUAGGCAAGACAUGGUGGUGGUAGAGGUCCCUAGACUUGGGAAGGAGGCUGCUGUGAAGGCUAUAAAAGAAUGGGGUCAACCAAAAUCCAAGAUUACUCACUUAAUCUUUUGCACCACAAGUGGAGUGGACAUGCCUGGUGCUGAUUACCAACUUACCAAACUCUUAGGUCUUCGUCCAUAUGUGAAGAGGUACAUGAUGUACCAACAAGGGUGCUUUGCUGGUGGCACGGUGCUCCGUUUGGCUAAGGACUUGGCUGAGAACAACAAAGGCGCUAGAGUGUUGGUUGUUUGUUCAGAAGUCACUGCAGUUACAUUCCGUGGUCCUAGUGAUACUCACUUGGACAGUCUAGUUGGACAAGCUUUAUUCGGAGAUGGAGCUGCUGCACUCAUUGUUGGUUCUGACCCUGUACCAGAAAUCGAGAAGCCUAUCUUUGAGAUGGUUUGGACUGCACAAACAAUUGCUCCAGACAGUGAAGGUGCGAUCGAUGGUCAUCUUCGUGAAGCUGGACUAACAUUUCAUCUUCUUAAAGAUGUUCCCGGGAUUGUUUCAAAGAACAUCAACAAAGCACUGGUUGAGGCAUUCCAACCUUUAAACAUUGAUGAUUAUAACUCAAUCUUUUGGAUUGCUCAUCCUGGUGGACCUGCAAUUCUAGACCAAGUUGAGCAAAAGUUAGGGUUAAAACCUGAAAAGAUGAGGGCCACAAGAGAAAUACUAAGUGAAUAUGGUAACAUGUCAAGUGCAUGUGUGUUGUUCAUCUUAGAUGAGAUGCGUAAGAAAUCAGCUAAAGAUGGACUUAAGACUACUGGAGAAGGGCUUGACUGGGGUGUGUUGUUUGGAUUCGGACCUGGACUUACCAUUGAAACUGUUGUUCUCCAUAGCGUGGCUAUUUGAGAUGCUUGCUUGUUUUUAUUUCAUUCUAUUUUUUUUUUAAUCUUGUCUGAAUUUUCUUGUAAUGAUAAAUAUCAAUUUCAAUAUGUAUCAACAAUAAUAUGUAUCAACAAUGUUAAAAUAUAUAUAUACCAUAUUAUUAAUAUC